AUGAGUGAUCUCGACAGAGCCAUAGCCCAGCUCCGAGCCUGCCGCCCCAUCCCCGAAAACGACGUCCGCGAGCUCUGCCACAAAGCCCGCGAGCUCCUCAUCGAAGAAGGCAACGUCGUGACCGUCAACGCGCCCGUGACAAUAUGCGGCGACAUCCACGGCCAGUUCCACGACCUGAUGGAGCUCUUCCGCGUCGGCGGCGAUGUCCCCGACACGAACUACCUCUUCAUGGGCGACUUUGUCGACCGUGGUUUCUACUCGCUCGAGUCCUUCCUCCUCUUGCUCUGCCUCAAAGUUCGGUACCCAGACCGCAUGACGCUCAUUCGCGGGAACCACGAGUCUCGCCAGAUUACGAUGGUGUAUGGGUUCUAUGACGAGUGCUUGAGGAAGUAUGGGAGCGCGAAUGUUUGGAGGUAUUGUUGUGAUGUGUUUGAUUACUUGGCGCUGGGGGCGAUUGUGUUGGGGGCUAGUAAUACUCUUUCCGAGGGGGGUGGUGGUGGUGGUGGUGGUAGUACGGUGCCGGUGGUGGGGUCGGAUGUGGAGAUUGAGGUUUGUAAUGCGGAUCAGCAGAUUAUUUCGAGGUUUUUGAGGAAGGGGUCUUCUUCUUCUGCUUCUUCUUCGAGGGAGGGGAGUCAGGCGGGGGAAAGUCAGGUUGGGGAGGGCGGGAGCAGUCCUGAGAGGGGGCGGACGGAAGGGAGUCCGAAUGGUGCGGCAGGGGGGCAGCCGACGACGAAUGGGUUCGGGGAUGGCGGUGGGCCGCCGGCGCCGACGAAUACGGGACCGCCGGGGUCGGGGGCGAGCGGGGCGAGUGGGGGAAGUAUUGGGAAUCCGGCGGGGGCGGUGUUGUGUGUUCAUGGCGGGUUGAGUCCGUUGAUUGAUAGUGUGGACAAGAUUCGGCUGCUGGACCGGAAACAGGAAGUUCCUCAUGAGGGUGCGAUGUGCGACUUGCUCUGGUCGGAUCCGGAUGAGAUUGAUGGGUGGGGGUUGUCGCCGAGGGGGGCUGGGUUCUUGUUUGGGGCCGAUAUCGUCAAGGUGUUCAACCACAGGAACGACCUGAGCUUGAUUGCGAGGGCGCAUCAGCUGGUUAUGGAGGGGUUCAAGGAGAUGUUUGAUGCGAGUAUCGUCACGGUGUGGUCGGCGCCCAAUUACUGCUACCGAUGCGGGAAUGUGGCUGCGUUGCUGGAGCUGUCGGAGGAUGACUCUGGGUUGGGAGUGCUGGCGAGGAGUAAUGGGGAUGUGAACAGGAGUGACGGGAUGGGCGGGCAGGGGUCAAGAGGUGUUUUGAUGGAGAAUGACUUGCUGGGCUACAACAAAGCUGGGCCGGCAAGGAGGUAUCGGGUUUUCCAGGCGGCGCCGCAGGAUUCGAGGGGGAUGCCGGCUAAGAAGCCCGUUGCCGACUACUUUUUGUGA